CGGCCAUCGCCAGGAGCGCCCUCAGUGACUUGAUCUUCUGGGAUGUCAGCAGAAAAAGUGGAUGGCCUUGUAGAGAAGUUAAUUUUAAUUUUGUCCUCUCCACACUCAUUGUGACCAGUUGUCGUAAGAUGGAUGCUUCAGGCAGUCUCCUUCCUCCUGUGGCUGGAAAUGGUGAGACAGCUAACGCCCAAGAACUACAAAAACUUCUGAUUGAUGAAAAAAUGCGAUGUGAACACCAUAAGACAAAUUAUCAAACUUUGAAGGCAGAACAUCUAAGAUUGAAGGAGGAAUAUACCAAAUCACGAGAUGAACUGGAGCGGUUGUUAGUUGAAAAGCAGACUGCACAUGACAAAUUCCAGCUGCUUCUCGCUGAAUUUGAAGAGCAGUUGGUGAGUAAAACACAGGAGCUGGAAGAACUGAAGAUGCAGGUGUUAACUCCUCAAAAAUUGGAACUAUUAAAAGCGCAAAUACAGCAGGAAUUGGAAUCUCCGAUGACAGAACGUUAUCAGAAGCUAGAAAAUGAAGUGGAAAAAUACAGAAGAGAAUACAACAAACUUCGUUAUGAACAUACUUUUCUGAAAUCAGAAUUUGAACAUCAAAAGGAAGAACACGCACGUAUUUUAGAAGAGAAGAAAAUAAAAUACGAGGCUGAGAUUGCAAGGCUGGAUAAUGAUAAAGAAGAGCUCCAUAAUCAGCUGCUUAGUGUUGAUCCCACGAGGGACAGCAAACGUGUGGAGGCACUCUCUAGAGAAAAAGCACAACUGUAUCAGAAAUUAAAAGGCUUAGAAGCAGAAGUAGAAGAGCUAAGAGCAGAACGAGACAAUUGUGGUCUGCAAGCAGAAAGCGUUCAAAGAGUCCAAGUGCGACAGUUGGCUGAGAUGCAGGCUGUGACAAGAUCUCUAGAGGCAGAAAAGAAGUCUGCUGAACUACAAAUUGAUCGAAUGGAGAAAGAACUACAGAAGAGUCAUGAGCAAAACAUUCUCUUAAUUAGCAAACUUCACAAAUCUGAACGAGAAGUCAAUAACUUAGCUGCUAAAGUAGAAGAACUUAAGCAUUCACAUAAACUGGAAGUAACCAAUGUCAAACUUGAGGCAGCAAGAGCAAAGAGUGAGGUAGAAAGAGAGAGAAACAAGAUCCAAAGUGAAAUGGAUGGAUUGCUGUCAGACAAGGAAGUUCUGAAAGCAGCUGCUGAGCGUCAUAAGGUGCUUUUAGUAGAAAAGGAUCGGGAGCUAAUCCGUAAAGUUCAAGCUGCCAAAGAAGAAGUGUUUGAAAAACUUACAGCCUUACAGGAUGAAAAGUUAGAACUCGAGAACAGAUUAGCUGAUCUAGAGAAGAUGAAACUGGAACAAGAUACUUGGCGACAAUCUGAAAAGGACCGGUAUGAGGAGAAACUACGUGUUGUACAGAUGGCAGAAGAAUCUGCCAAGAAGGAACUUCAGCGUUUGCGAUUAAAAAUUCAACAGCAAGCUAUUCAGACAGAGGAACUGGAAGAAAAGAGACAUGAAAUUGCUGAUCUGAGACAGCAAAUUGACGACUUGCAGCUCCAGGUCACGUCACUUUCUCAAUCAGAAAAUGAUUUGCUGGAGUCUAAUCAGAAGCUGAAGGAAAAAACAGAGAGGUUGAAACAAGAAUGUCAACAUGCAAGGACUCAGGCAGAAAAAGCUCAACUGGAAACAGAGAAGACUUUAGAACACCAGCGGAUGGAAUGGCUGGAGGAGAAGCGUGUGCUUACUCAGCACAUGACGGAGAAAGAGGAGAAGUACAACCAAAUGAAGAACAGGCUAUCCCGAGCUGCUGUGGCCCAGAAGAAGAGAAAGACUCUCAAUGAUAAUAAACACAGGAGGAUGCAAGAGAAACUAGAACUUUUGGAAGCCAAGAUAGAACAACUAGAAACAGAAAAUCAGGUAUUAAAUAGGCAGAAUGUUUCCUACGAAGAAUACACCCGGCUCCAGAGGAGACUGAAGGACUUGCAACGUCGGCACAAUGAGUUCCGGAGCUUGAUUCUGAAUCCAAACAUGCUGUCAGUCCCUCCAGGAAGUGUCCUGUCCCCAGCCGCCUUGCCUCCUGGGCCUGAACUGGCCUUCCCCCUUCUCCAGGAGGAGCAGCAUCAGAGAGAGCUUUCCCUGCUCCGAAAACGGCUGGAAGACCUUGAAACCACGCAGAGAAAGCAGCUGGAAGACCUCGGGCUGCCCCGAGAGCGCACAGUGGCAGCAGACGGCUCUGACAGAGCUGAGGUCACCCCCGCGGACACCCCAUGAAUCCCCAGGCUCUGCCUGCUGGCCCCAGGCAAUGGCUUUGCCUUAGAUGAGCUCAAUGUUUUGCCAAAAGCAGGCUGGUAUGUGCCUGAGCAGCAUCAAAUAUCCCCUGCAGAGUUUUGUAUUCAUGUUUGAUAGGCUGUCAGGUAUCAUCUACUACAACGGUUCAAAGUAAAAGCACUGACAGACUAACUGCGUUUUUAAGUGUUUCUAUGGAAAUGAGGUAUCAUUAGCUUGAGGGCAAAACAUAUGAAAUAAUCUCAUCACACGAAACUUUAAAACAAGGUUUGGAUUGUGCUCACCUUUAACAUAAAAAUGAUUUGCUAAAUCCUUUAAAAAAUUAUUUGAUAAUAUCCUCUUACUCCUUCAAUAUGGAUGUUACCGUAUCAGGAGUUUGUUGGGUUGCCGGCUGUUAAUACUGCUGUGAUCUAUAGUUGUUUUGAGGUUCCCAUGAAGGUAAAGAAGAUGAAAUUAAACAGAAAUGGAAAAAGUGCUGAAAACUUCUAUUUGUUACCUUUGAGGAUGUGCCUUCUAAUUUUAUAACAGGAAUAAG